CAUAAAGUAGACAAGCACAUAAAGCACACAGACACAAACCAACCAAACACAUUCCCUUUUCAGCUUUUUAAACCCACUUGCAGAGAAGACCUGAGUUUUUUCCCUUCCAGAUUUCUUCUUCUUCACUCUCCCUCAUCUCUGCUAGCUAGCUGCACCUUCUUUUCAUCCAUGGACACAGCUCAAUGGCCACAGGAGAUAGUGGUGAAGCCUAUGGAAGAAAUAAUCGUAACCAACACACAAAAGCCUUGUUUAACAUCUUCCUCAUCCGAGAGCUGCAAGAAAGCGAAGACCACACCGAAAGAAGUGCAACAAAUUAUAAACUGUCCGAGGUGCAAUUCGACUAACACCAAGUUUUGCUACUAUAACAACUACAGUCUCUCACAGCCGAGAUAUUUUUGCAAGACGUGCCGACGGUACUGGACCGAAGGCGGUUCGCUUCGGAACAUCCCGGUCGGAGGAGGCUCGAGGAAAAACAACAAGAGGUCUUUGAAUUCUUCGCCUUCGCGGUCCAAUUCAUCGGCCUCGUCGAAGAAAAUUAUAGUCCCUUCUGAUAAUCAGGAUCGUCUAGUAGCAGUGCCUGUAUCGAAUUCGUGUCGAAACGCUGAUAAAAAUGUUGGUAAUGUUUAUGAUCAUCAUCAGGAUCUUAAUUUGGGGUUUGCUCAUGAACCGAGUGAUUUCAAGGCGCUGUCUCAGCUGAUCCAGGUUCCGAAUUUCGAUAGUAUUGGGAGCGCAAUGGGAAAUACAUUUUCGGCUUCUUCGCCUACGAAUUCGACAACUACGCAUCAUCUCUCGGCUAUGGAAUUGCUGACGUCGAGGGGAUUGGGGAACUCAUUCAUGCCAAUGCUUUCGAAUAUGAGUAGUGAUAAUAAUAUUCAGAGUUCCAACGCUUUCUUGGGGUUUCCCUUAAGUACCGCAGAUCAGUAUCAUCAGUUUAUGAAGCCAGGGUCGGGGCUUAGUUUUUCGUUGGAUAAUGAGCUUGAAAUUAGUACUAAUACGGGGAGUACCGGGACUGGGAGGCAUUUGUUUCCCUUCGAAGAUCUGAAGCUUCAAGCGCCUGCAGGUAAUGCAACUAAUGCCGAAGAUCACGCUUCUGAUGAUCAUCGAGACAGCGGGAGAGAUCAGGGAGGAGAUGAACAGUCCAACGGGUUUUGGAACGGAAUGCUGGGAACUGGAGGAGGAUCAUGGUAAUAAAGCUGAGUUAAAAUGAUAAGAAGACACAUAAAAAUGAGUAAUUAGUUUCAUCUGGCUUAAUUUAUGAUAUGAUCCUGUUAUAUGGUCCUAAUAUUUAUCUUGUUGAUCGGGGCCUGAUGAUGACUUGUGCUUGUUUGUGUUUUCUUGACAAAAACUAACUGAUAGGAGGAUACAUUGGAAUUAUGUUAUGUUGAUUUGUUAUAAUUGAGUUUGUGAUUAUGGUGGGA